AAAAGACUAUGCUGCUCCUGACUGAAUGUACAACAUCAGUGGGACCACUUCUGCACUCAGAAAUUACUUGUAAAAUUACCAUCAUGAUGUUAAUGAUUUCGUAUUAUUGUAGGGGGGCAGGUGCGCCCACUUUGUUUCUGGCCAGGUGCGCCCAUUUUGUAUAUUGAGCCAGGUGCGCCCAUUUUGUAUAUUGGGCCAGGUGCGCCCAUUUGGUAUAUGGGGCCAGGUGCGCCCAUUUGGUAUAUGGGGCCAGGUGCGCCCAUUUUGUAUACAUGUUUGGGGCCAGGUGCGCCCACUUAAUUUUUAUGACAAUGUGAGACCGGUAUGCCAAGAAAACAAUUCGGUAUCCGGCAAAAAUGAAUAAAAACGUUCUUUGGCUGUGGCCAACAUUCACAUAAUAUCUGGUGUCAGGUUGUGUUUCCUUGUGAGUCUGAGUAUAAUGUACACGUAAAUUACGUCAACGUCGCUUGAUCAAGCGACGUACGCACAGUUUAGCGAUGUCGCUAGAUCUACAUGUAGCUUUGGUCCUCGACCUGCUACUAGGGUAGUCGAAAUUAAGCAAUUAAUAGGCCUACCCCCUCUGGGUUUGGGCGAUCGAUCUAUGGCAAACGCGUGUACUAAGUUAUGGGCGAUAUGGCUGUGUAGGAUCUUUGGUUGUGUGUGCUGCCAUGCUGCAUCGGAAAUGUCAUCACCAUAAGCUAGGCCUAGGCCCUAGCUAAGACCUACUUAGCGAUCAUGUCGAUUAUAAUGUGACUCACUGACAAUGAAAGUUUUCGAAGUCGGGGUAGCCUAGGUACAAUGUAAAAUUGACAUGCCCAUUUGCCGCAGAUAUGGCUCCAUUUUACAUAUAUCCCUGACCAUGUCGACCCUCCAUUAUCUGCGCACAUAGGCCUAAGGCAAAGUAAAAAAAAAAUUUGGAAAUUUAUUGCAUCACGGAUGUUCUUAUGAAUUACCGUAACUCCUGAAAAUUGAAAAGCCCCUGAUGUCAGUAUUCAUUGGUAAUUUCUGGUUUUCGAUCGUCCCUCUGUCGUGGGUCACUGCUCAUGAAUUAUGCAUUUUAUUUGACCUACAUGUGAACAUAUGCGCACAACUGAAUCGCUUUACACAGUGACUGAAACGUGAAGGCCUCAAUCCUGUCAUCGAUCCUCAAUCCUGACCUCGUGCGCAGGGGACAAUUUUUUUUUGCAAUGUUUUUUUACAAUUUUUUUUUUACUCAAAAUAAUGACUUGGACCAGAAAGUAAUACGUUUAUGAUAAUUUCAGAGACUUUUCAGAAGACAAAUACAUGUAGGACAAAUUGAAAGAAAACUGAAAAAUUUGUUUGCCGUUUGGAUCAAUUGGCCGAUUUCGCUUCAGUACUGCCUAUUUAUGUGCAUAUAAUUAUGUACAUCGAUUUGAAUUUAUUAGAAAACUAGUUUAUUGUUACUUGUUAGUUGUGACCAGAGUUUGUAGUACUGCACAUCAUCAUCAUUUUAUUUCCUCUGAGUCUGAUGAUGAUAUGCGUUUUGCCGUUGCUUCAUUCUCAAAAUUUGCAGAACCACGCUCAUUUCUGAUGAAUUUGAACAUCAAUGAUUUUUUUAUUGCCAAAUGACAUGUUGUGCAUAUUGCAAGCAAAAAUACAACAUGGAGCAUGUUUGUUUGUGCAAUCUUUUGGUAUUUUCUUUAAUGUAGUACUUUGCUUUGUCAGAGAAAAUGAAUUGCAGAAAAACAAGAAGAAUAUCGCCUCAACAACAUGCUGAGAAAUGGUGUAAUAAUGGCAGUGAUCAAUCUUGAAGGCUUCGAGAGGAGGUACAUCAAUGACUGUGUUGGUUAUGGUCUUUUUACCACUAAGCAUUUCAGCAAGGGGGACUUCCUGCUGGAGUAUAGAGGGAAAUUGCGCAAGGGAAAUUGCAACAACGACAACGAUUACACUUUCUUUUUCAACCACCAGGGUGUUGAGUACAGCAUUGAUAAUGCAAUGAAUCCCAAUUCAUGUAUGGCACGGUGGAUCAACGAUGCGAAAGACACACCCAACUGUGUGAUGAAGAAACUAGUUUUCGAAAGCUGUGAUGAACCACACCUGUGUCUGUUUGCCUUGUUCGAUUUGGAAGUUGGCUCAGAGCUGCGAUACAAUUAUGGCAUAGACAAUCUACCCUGGCGACAGACCAAAUGGAAGCAAGAUCACAGCGACAAUGAUUGUCCAUGCCAGUUGUAUUCACCAUCGUUUCAUGAUGAGCCACAGCAAUCACACAUCAAUGCUGGUCAUGCAGCACAAAUGCCUUCCAAGUUGUCUAUAGCUGAGCCACACCAAUCACACAUAGUUAGUGGUGGUCCACAUUGUCUUAAGAAAGAUGUCCAGGCAGCAGACCAAAUGCCUUCCAAGUCUCUUGAUGAGCCGCAGCAAUCACACAUAGUUGGUGGCCCUCAUUGUCUUGAUAAAGAUGUCCAGUCAGCAGACCAAACACCUUUGAAGUCCUCUCUUGAUGAAUCACAGAAAUCACACAUAAUUGUUCGAAAGCAUGCUCCAUCAUAUCCUGUAGAGGAUAGUCUUGACUCACCUGAUGAAUAUCCCUCAGAUGAAGACGAUCCUGAUUUCAUUCCAGAUUCAAAUUCGUCAGAUGAAGACAUUGUUCCAGAAUCAUCAGAUGAAAUAUCUUUGAGGUCACCAAGCCCGGUAAUACCGAUUCCAUCAAGGGAGUCUUCCAAUCAUCCAGUUUCUUCUGAUGAGACUGUCUCCAGCACAAGUGAAAUUGAAGUCAUGACAACUUCAAACUCUGAAGGAAGCGCCACUGGGACAAACCACAGUACUGCCCAUUUUGUCUUCAGCAAUAGAAGAAACUACCACGCCAUUUGACUACACCGAUGCAUAAAGAUGAA